GGCUUAUUACACUUUGCUAAAUUUAGUAGCCUAAUUAGGAUUCAGAAAAAGAACGAAAUUAGAAGCUUCUAAUCACACUGUUCUAAAUAUAGUUACUAAAUCAGUUGCCUGCUGAAACGCAACAAAGGCGGACGUUUAUAAAUAAAAUGGCUCCAGUGCUGUCCAAAAAUCAAAAAAUUGGCCUCGCCGUGGCUGUGGCCGUUGGGUCCAUCAAAAUAAAGGAAAAGAAAAGAAAGACGUGGGUCAAGGAAUAUUUAUUACUGCGGGACAAGUUAUCAAACAUGAAUAUAAUGAGUGUUUUAGAACCGGCAGACUUCAGAAAUUAUCUUCGAAUGGAUUCAAGAUCGUUCGAUAUUUUACUAAGUCUUGUGACACCAUAUAUACAAAAACAAAAUACUUUUUUAAGAGACAGUGUUAGCGCAAAACAAAGACUGGUAGUAACAUUACGAUUUCUUGCAACAGGGAAUUCAUACCAAGAUUUGAAAUACAGUUCUCUAAUAUCUCAAUCCUUGCUGUCAAUAAUUAUCCCUGAAACCUGUUCGGCUAUUUAUACAUGUUUGGAACAUUAUAUAAAGUUGCCGCAAACAGAAUCAGAAUGGAUACAAGUAGCAGCUGACUUCGAAGAUAAAUGGAAUUUCAAUCACUGUAUUGGAGCUUGCGAUGGUAAACAUAUUGGCAUCGAAAAACCGCCCGGAAGUGGUUCUCUAUUUUACAACUAUAAAGGCUUUUUCAGUGUCAUAUUAUUUGCUGUUGUCAAUGCGAAUUAUGAAUUCAUGUACGUCCAAACUGGUACCAAUGGCUCCGUUAAUGAUGCAGCCGUAUUUGAAUCUACAAAGUUCCAUCAAAAACUAGUUAAUGGUUGUUUGAAUUUGCCACCAUCUUCUCCACUACCAGGCACAGAAACACACGCUCCAUAUGUUCUAAUUGGGGAUAGUGCUUUUUCCAUUAACAGACAUUUCAUGAAACCAUAUCCGUUUAAGGGUAUUAGCCAUGAAAGAAGAAUAUUCAACUAUCGCUUAAGUAGAGCCCGUAGAGUGGUGGAGAAUGCCUUCGGCAUAUUGGCUUCGCGUUUUAGAGUACUACGGAGAACCCUCAGUAUAGAUCUCUCCAACGUAGAUGCCGUGGUAAUGGCAUGUUGUGCUUUACACAAUUAUUUGAGUAAACGGGAGCCAGGUUAUAUAACCAGAAAAUGGAUAGAUCAUGAAAAUACUUCACUAGGCUCAAUACAUCAAGGGGAAUGGCGGAAACAUACUGAUGGAUUGACUUCGUUAAAGAACACAAGUAAAAGCCAGCGUAAUGAAGAAGGAAACCAAGUUCGAAACACAUUCAUGAAUUAUUUCAACUCGGUUGGGAGAGUUGCGUUUCAAGAUAAAAUGAUUAAUGCUGUACCUACUGUUUAAUAAAUAAUUAAAAUAUAUGUACC